GGACCAAUUCAAACAAGUAAUUUUUCCCCGUAUUUUCUCAUCGUUGGCGAUGGUGAGGAACAACAGAUAUAUAUACAUGUGUACAUAUUCUAGCAUCCGUGAUCUAGAUCUGCAAUGUUUUCCAAUCCUUCUUUUCCUUCUCUGCUGUAUACAAACAGAUGCACUGACAACAAGGUGUGAAUACAGAGCUUGUCAUCUUGAAAUUUGGGAGUAUGACAGUAGCGGGACUGCUUCUUUUGCCCAAAUGAGUGAUAUUAUGAAAAAUGCAGCUCAGGAGUAUAUUGACGCAGCAAUCGAGGCCAACAACAACCAAGAUCAAUGGGAUGAGAGUGGGAGCAAGGGAAUCACGCUUCUUGCUCUGAUAGGGUUCAUCGCCCACGCAUUUUCAUUUCUAAUCAACUUGGCGAUCAACGAGGAUGACCAUGUCCAAAAUCGCAAUUCCAUCUUCGGCAAAGCCGCACUUGUCAACUUUACGAAACCCCACCCCCCAAACGAGACAUCUUUUAUUUUCCAACGUGAAGGGAAGGCCGGUGGGUUUGAAGUGUGGAUAAAGUUCUACCCAUUAGCUGGGCCGACUGGAACUUUACAGACAGCCACUCUCUAUUCUGGAAGAUGGCGGACCCCCCGCGAACGGUCUCGGGAUAAUCUGUAGGCGGACAGGCAUAACCAUCUUCAAAAACAGCAUCACAUGCGUGUACCACAACAGACACUCAGCACGAUGGUCACGAAAUUGUUUCCAGGCAGCGGGAAAGUCUGGACGGUGCCAGCUCGCAUCUGUGUGAAUGAGAGUAGUACAGCAAAGCCGGGUGCGGCAGGACGUCCAUCUCCGGCCAUUUUCAAAGAUAAAUUAUUCUGCGUCUUUCGGAAACUCAAUUGUCGCAUAGCGAUUAUACACACGGAAGAUAAGCAUUCGUGGAAAGGACAAACAAAUAUAGGCCUUGAGAGUAAAGGAUAUUCGACCGUCAAGUCCAGUCUCGUGAGCAGAAACUUGGGAGCUCGAACUAGGGCUGUUUACGAUGGGGCAUAUUGAGUCAUGAGAGGAAUGGACCUUGGAAUAUAUUCCCUCCCUUUAUCCAGCGGCACUAUAUGAUAUAACGACUUUACAAUAUUUUCCGGGGGCGCAACACAAGGUGCUCCAGCCAGCUGUCUGUAUUCUCGACAACAAGCUGCAGAUCUUUCAAUGGAAUGUCAAUAGCCAAUGUUAUCUCGCCUCCUACAGUGAUAGGAAAUGGAUGGGGAAACUUUCCUUCCGUCGACGAGGGUUAUCCGCUUACUUCUUCUGCUGCGGUGGCAGUUUAUAACAGUAGAAUGUAUCUGAUAUACCGCAGAGAUAAAGUGGCGUUACAUCAGAGAACUCACAGCAAAUCGAGGUGCGAAAGCCGGAAGACCAGGGCUUGGGUGAAGGUUUUCCGCGAAUCAAUCAUGAUCAGAGCAGAAGCAACCUUUGGAUUUUGAUAUUCCGCGAUUGCGGUAUAUCAUUCCGACGAAAUAGAUGGGGAUCGUUCGUUAGGAAUCUUUGCGGAAUCACAUCUCGCGAACCGUCACCCGGGGACCGGAUCACUUAUUCAAGUCUGAGAUGACUUUGUUAUAUUGUCACGGGUUCCAUCGCGUAGUCCUGUGGAUGCACACACUAAUACAACUACAUCGUAUCGUACAGUCGGCGCCCUUUCGGUCGACGCCUUGGAAUUCUUCCUUCUUGGUGACUGUUAGCAUCUCUUACAUAUACCCAGAUCCUAUCCCAUCCCAUCCUAUCCCAUCCUAUCCUAUCCCUCGCACCGUGAUAUACUCUCUAUAUGAAGCCAAAUCAAAUCCAGCUAGGUAUGUCCUA